UUGAAUGAGCAACGUUCAGUGUGACGCGAACCGCGGCCUCGCCAUCACCGUCUAAGGUAUAUAUAGUCAUCGAUGACUCCGUAGUCUUAUUCGUCUCGUCCGGGACACGCGGCCGAGAUCGGUACAUACUCACAAGUUACAACUCGUCGAGUGUUGAUUUAUAUAUAAAUAUUAUAUUAUAUUUUAUUCUUUUAUCGCGUAAUUGUGAUAGUGUUAUAUUUACCACCGGAGUUUUCGCGCGAGUGAGUGCUAUAUAUAUAUAUAUAUAGGUACAUACUAUAUACAUCGCGUGUAAAUCCGAUUGAAAUGCUUUAGCGGCCGCGAUUGCGAUCUGUCUGAGAUGAUCGUACGAAUGAAAUAUCAGAGAUGACGACCGACAGAAUUCCCAUAUGGCUUUACGACAAGAAACUUUGGAUCAACGACGCGGACCGGCGUACCACUUGCGCCGACGUGGCGACCACGUUGACGGGCCGCGGCAGUGACUACGCAGUGGCCGUCGACGGAGCGCACACAGCCACCAUGGUGGCCGACCCCGGAGUUAGGGUGCUGAAGAUCUGGCAGAGUCUGCGGCCGGACCAAAAGCUGUGCUUGCGAAAAGUGAACGGCAAUAACGGCUACCUGUCGCAACAUCAACACCGUGCCGGCGACGUCGUCGACGGAUUCACCGGCGACUACGACGACGACGCAACGUCCGAGAUGAGCGGUUACCGCGGCGCUCACAGGAAGCGCCGUCGGGAGGUGGUGGUCAAGUACGCCUCGCGGACGGUGCACCCGAAACGGCUGAGCAACACGCAGGCGGCCGAGGAGUUACUGAAACUCAUACUGGAGCAGAGCGAUACGAUCCGGGCGCAGCUGAAAAAGUUGCAGGACCGCGACAAGAAGAUCGAGAAGAUCGAGACGGAAACGCACAGGAACCGGGCGGACGCGUUGGGAUCGAACUACCUGUUGGACGCGUACCUGGGUGGCAGCGGAUGCAGCGGCGGCGGCGACGACAAGGAGGAAAAGGACAGCGGCAUCACCGAAGGCGCCAGCGUGGAGAACGACGACCGCGAUGACGAUCACGACCACGACGACGACGACAACGGCGGUUGCGACGUCAGAGGGAAAGGAGGAGGAGCAGUAGUGGUGGGCGAGAUCGCGGACUCCGGAAGUCCGGCGCCGCCGCCGUCGUCGUCGACUCAAGAAGCAAUCGCCUACCUGGAAAGGAUCGUCAAGAUCAACAAGAAAUUGUACGAAUACGAGGAACGUCUGAUCCGGUUGUACGUUAACGUCGAACGGUGCAGAGACCAGGAGCAACUGCUGGACGAACUGAAACGGGUCGAAAACGAGCUGGCCGACGCCGAACGGAUGUACCGCGAAAACACUCUGCUGAUACGCGACACCGACACCGAACUGCGCGCCAGGCUGGGUUACAUCGAACAGUUGCAGUACGAGGCAGCCAUCGUCGACAGCGAAAACGAGUACCUGAUGGGAUCCAUCGAAAUGCUGCAAGGCCGGCACCAAAGUCCGCAGAACCAGGUGGAAAACCAUCAGGCGACCGGUUGUCGGGUGUUGGACACGUUGGUCUAGACCGGAUGAUUGCUUCCGGCGCUACUGAGCUGUAGGGCGUGCAAACGUUUCUUAUUUUUAUCUUGUUUUGUUUACCUUGUACAUUGAAAAAAGUAUUAUGUUAUUCGAUUACCUUUAUAUUAUGUUAUUAUUACUUUGUAUGUAUAUUUCAAUAAAUAUUAUCGUUGUUAAAAUAUCA